UCGUCUUGGACAUCGCCGGCCGGGGGGGGAAGAAACGCCGCACCCGCUGCUGGAACGAGCCAGGCGGCGCUCGCAUGCCGCACCCGACCCGACCUGCCCAGAGUUCCGGAAGCGGAGCCACCCCCGUGGCUCGUGUCAUGGGCCGGCAUCCUCGGUGGUGGUUCACUGGUUUGUACGCGCGCGCGCAUCCUCUCCGUCGCUCCCCCGCCCGCCUCCAUUGGCAGAACAACCCAGCCCGUGCCCAUGGCACAGACCGGGUGUUGACUAGGACGAAGCUGUCGCCGCCGCCUCGCUAAUCAACAAGUCUCCCUCCCCUCGCACGAGCGCGCUGGAAUCCAGCGCACCGGAUCACCGUCAGAAGCCACCGCCGUGCGUGCCGCGGGAAUACUGAACCGAGCCCCGGACGUGCCGCGCUGCGAUUGGUCGGGCCUCCACCAUCGGAAGUCCGUUCGCAGUCCGCCCAACUCCGGCGAAGUCGUCGGUCACGGCAACAAAAACGCUCCGGCGAGCGGCGGCCGGGGUUUAGAGCAGAGGAAUCAGGCGAGGCUGCGCGAAUGCACGGCGGAGAUGCGGCGAGAGGGAAUCACACCGUCGUCUCCCCCGCAUCCGGCAAAGGGAUAAAGAGGCACACCUUUUUUUUCUCCGCCCGUGGAUUCGAGCACGGCCACCAGCCCACCAUUACCAGAGAAGAUGACUGAAAAGAGAGAGAGAGAGAAAAGAACAAAACAGAACAGGACUCCAUUAAUCUUUCAGACCUUCGUCUUGCUCGGACUCGCAAACUUCCCAGGUCGCUCGGCUCGUGCUGGAUCUACGCCUUCCCAGCCGACGAGCGCAACCGGCCGUGCACGAUUUUUGCUUCGCCCAGGGAGGUCGAUCGACACGAGACCGCCGAGAAAUCGAAGCUCCGUAGGCAGAAGAACAGCAAAAUCGUUCCACGGGCCGGAUUGGGCAUCCCAAUCAGACCAGGCUUCUUCGUCAACAUCUGCUUCCGUCGAGAUGGCCAAAUCACCAAUCCAUCGGGGGGCCUCCUGUAGUAUAAGCAUCCGAGCUCGACCUCCAUCAACAGCGCCUGCCACCUGCCUACGCUACUCGUGACAUCAUCCAUCCCCGCACGGAGGUGGUGCGCUGCCGCUCCGCCGCUGAACAAAACUUGUUCAUGGCCAAACCUCCCUCCAGACCACGCCAAACCACCAAAAUUUCCUCACCAAACCUUCACCAAAAAAUCGAACUCCCAAGCACAAAUCAUCUCCAGUCGCUCGAAUCCCAGAUCAAACCCAAGGCCACAACAAGCUCAAAAUCAUACACCGAGCCGCCCGAAAAUCCGAGACCGAAGCUGCCAAGGCAGAUCGCCAUCUGACCACGAUGCCACACCAGAGUGCCACGCCCAGAACUCGUGCCACCCAUCCCUCCUGCUCCAUCUCCAUGGACGCACACCGCCGCGGCCACCAUCAGCGACCACAAAAUCGAGACGGCAACCGCACGAGCACGAGCCGCUCUCCCCACGACGAAGACGACGACUCCCAUCUAACGACCCUCCCUAUCCGAUCCACUCCCCCCGAAUCGCACGAGGAAACUUAGGGGAAAAAAAACGCAUCUCCCUCACCACCGAGCCGCACUCCCAUCUCUAUUCACCCUGACACUUGGGAAGCCCAUUAGAACACACAAAGAACAAGAACCGGAGCGCGGAGAAGAAGAGAGAGAGAGAAAAAAAAAUCCCCAAAAUCCCAGGACGAUUCCUCUUCGUCAACAUCUGGCCAUCCCAUCCAAGGUCGUUUCCGGUUCGCUUUCCGCCGCCGCCGCGAGGGAUCGGGAGGUGGGAGGAGCACCCCAAUUCACCGAAUUCGCGCGGCAGGCUGGUAGGGUUAGGGUUUGCCAAGGUGGUUCGGGCCCCCACGAUUCGCCGGGGCGGUCUAGCGGCCUAUCCGGCGGUCCGGGAUGAUCUUCAAGCGGAACCAGCGGUCGGAGAUCCUCGCGCUGCGGCGAUGCAAUGCCGCGGGCGGCGGAGGGGAGGACGAAGGGGGAGGCGACCCCCGCCCGAGGAAGAGGCGGAGGGGCGACGAGUUCUUCCCCGUCGAGCUGCUCGGCCACGUCCCUGCCUCCGGCAUCCCGUACGCAGCAUAUGGGUUCCGGUGGAGCGAGGAGCCCGAGGCACCGGCAGAGGCCGCGCAGCCGGUGGCCGCGGCGAGGCCGCCGGUGGUGCGCACGUCGCGAGGCCGCACCCAGGUAUUGCCCUCCAGGUUCAAUGACUCUGUUCUUAUCGACCCCUGGAAGAAGGAGAAGCCGGCAAAGCCCCCGGCGCCUGUCAAGACAGAGCAGUUGGUGCGCAAAAAUGGGGUGCUGCACGACAGAGGUGCAAUCUCUUACAGGAGCUAUGCAUUGUCCGAGCUGGAUGACGAUGAUGAUGAUGAUGACGCCAUUGUGGCUCCUUACCAAGCACGCCGGAAUUUUGGUGGCUCCAGGAAGUACUUAGCCUCCCACAGCACGCUUACCUCGGUACACGAUGAACUGUACAGCAGUUAUCACAGAAAGGAAGUAAUGCUUAGGCAUUAUUACGAGGAAGAUGAUGAGGAGGAUGAGGAAGAAGAGUAUGAGGAAGAAGAGGAGGAGAUUUUUUACUGUACAGAGGAGUUUGUGUAUGGGGACAUUGUCUGGGCAAAGCUUGGCAAGCGGCAACCGAUGUGGCCAGGAGUGGUGGUCGACCCAACUCAGGAGGUCGCUGCCGAGGCAAUGCCACCACAGCCUCGCGGUGUCUCUGUGCUUUGUGUGAUGCUAUUUGGCUGGCGCGCAGAGUUCAGUGAUGAUGAAAAGAAGUAUGUGUGGGUGAGGCAAGGGUUGAUAUUUCCAUUUGUUGACUACAUGGACCGAUUUCAAGGGCAGACAGAACUAAGCAGUUGCAAACCUGCUGAUUUCCAGAGGGCAGUAGAAGAGGCCUUUUUGGCUGAUCGGGGAUUCGCUGAAGUUUUGAUGGAUUGCAGCACCAAGGGCCAGCCUGUGGUGUGUCACUCUUUCCCAGAUGAUUUACAUGAAGUGACUGGCUCAAAUGAGUUGGAGUACCAACCACAGAUUAAGCGGUACAGAAGAGCACUGCAGUGUGAGUGUUGUGGAAAUUGCUUUCCAGAUAAGGAUUCAAACAAAAUGGUGUGUGUGAUGGAGCAACUUGCUUGCAGACUUUGUGCCAUGAUCUUGAGAUCAAAAAAGUACUGUGGAAUUUGUUUGAAAAGUUCGCAACAUAAAUGUGGUGGAAGAUGGGUUUGCUGUCAUGGUUGUGAAAGCUGGGUUCAUGCAGAAUGUGACGAAAACUGCAGCGACCUCAAGGCACAAGACAACAGUUAUCGCUGCCCUUACUGUAGAGUUAAACUGAAUUCAACUCUCCCAGGGAAGAAUGCAAAAUUUUCUGAUGUCAAAAAAGAUAGUUGGGUGCAGAAAGGAAGCAAGCCUGACAAAGUUGCACUUGUCUGUUUUGACAUGGAAGGAACGUACCUACCAGAUCUCGAAUUAAUUUCUUGUCAUUGUGGCCCUUGCAAAGGACAGAAAUUUUUGUUCAAUGAAUGGGAGAGGCAUGCUGGCUGCAGAAGUAAAAAUUGGAGGUCCAGUAUUAAGCUUAAGGGCUCAUUGAUGCCAUUUGGAAAAUGGAUAGAUAAACAUCAGCCAGGAGUGUGUCCCACAAAUCCUUCAAAACGCUUAUCUCAGAAAAUGAAGAAACAGAAGUUAAUUGAUUUACUAAAUGACCCAUAUGAUCCUGUAAAUGUAAAAUGGACAACAGAAAGAUGUGCGGUCUGUAGAUGGGUUGAAGAUUGGGAUUACAACAAAAUUGUGAUUUGCAACAGAUGUCAGAUAGCAGUUCAUCAAGAAUGUUAUGGUGUGAGUGGUAAGCAAGACUUUACCUCAUGGGUUUGUCGGGCUUGUGAAAAACCGGGACAAAAGAGGGAAUGCUGUCUUUGCCCUGUAAGAGGUGGUGCUUUGAAGCCAACAAAUGUUGAUAAUUUGUGGGUCCAUGUGACAUGUGCAUGGUUUCAGCCACAAGUUGCUUUUGCUAGUGAUGAGCUCAUGGAACCUGCUAUUGGGAUAUUGAACAUUCAACCGCUGCUAUUUAUGAAGAUGUGUGUGAUCUGUAGGCAAAUACAUGGUUCAUGCACUCAAUGCUACAGGUGCUCUACGUACUACCAUGCUAUUUGUGCAUCAAGGGCAGGAUAUCAAAUGGAACUGCACUGCUUGGAAAAAAAUGGCAAACAGACGACAAAAAAGAUUUCUUACUGUGCUAAUCAUCGGAGCCCUAACCCUGAUAAUGUUUUAAUAAUUCAAACUCCUGCUGGAACUUUCUCAUCAAAGAAGCUUGUUCAAAGUAAUGGCAAAGUAGCUGCAUCGGCAUCAAGACUGAUUAGGAGAGAUGUACCCAUGGAUUCACCAUUGGAAGUUGAAAUUUCAGAUAAUUUAUCAGCUGCAAGAUGUCGGAUUUAUGUCAGGAAAGAUCUAAAGAGAUCUAGAGAGGGAGCAAUUGCACAUCGUGUGAGGGGUCCUUGUCAACACCGCUGGGAUGAAAUUGAUAAUCUGAAUCCACCGAGGGAAGAGAGGGACCCAGAAUCCUUUUCUACUUUUAAGGAGCGUCUGCGCUAUUUACAGAAAACAGAGCAUAGUAGAGUAUGCUUUGGUAGAUCAGGAAUUCAUAGAUGGGGACUUUUUGCUCGUAGAGACAUUCAAGAAGGAGAAAUGGUCCUUGAGUAUCGUGGUGAGCAGGUCAGACGAAGUGUUGCUGAUUUACGGGAAGAAAAAUAUCGUGUGCAAGGCAAAGAUUGCUAUCUUUUCAAAAUCAGUGAGGAAGUUGUUGUUGAUGCCACAGACAAGGGAAACGUGGCACGCCUAAUCAAUCAUUCUUGCACACCAAAUUGCUAUGCAAGGAUUAUGAGUGUUGGGCAUGACGAAAGUCGUAUUGUUCUAAUAGCCAAGAGAAAUGUUUGUGCCGGUGAUGAGCUAACGUAUGACUACCUGUUUGAUCCUGAUGAGGCUGAUGAUCGCAAAGUGCCUUGCCUCUGCCAGACUACUAACUGCCGGAAAUUCAUGAACUAGUUUACUGUAGAUGUCAACGAGCCACUCACAUAGUUUUUUUUUUACGUCUGUCCCCCCGCCCCUACCUCAUAGCUCAUUUUUGGUACAUGUUGAUCUGCCCCCCAUUUUUUUUACAUUAAUUGUUAGAAUAAGUUAGUUAGAGCUCAAAAGCCUGAGCUUCCAUUCCUGUAAAUAGCACAGAUGUAUUCACGGCCAGUUCAUUUUUUUCUAAUAAAAAAUUUGCGCCAUGCUGAGCUCAAAAUUGAACAUCA